UUACGCUAAACCUAGUAGCUACAGGCACAAGGGUUUGACAAUGGAGUCAGAGGACGAUCAAACCCUUGAUUUUUUUGAUGUAUUUCUCCCGGAUACGAAUGGUCAGAGAUUGCUCAUACCGUCAGUCUUUAUGAUGAAUUUGAAAGGAAAAAUAGCGAAUGCUGUUACCCUUAAAGAUCUGUCUGGAAGAUGUUGGCAAGCAGACAUUAAACAGACUAAGGAGGGUUUUUUUCUCUACAAUGGCUGGGAACGUUUUGUAUCCGAUAAAUCAGUUGAGUUAGGAAGCUUUUUUGUCUUGAGGUAUGUUGAAAGCUCGUCAUCCUUCGUUGUAAAAAUAUUUGGUCCAAAUGGAAUCAAAACCGAAGAUUUAGCUCGUGUAAAGAUAGAAGACGAGGGUGCAGAAAUGCAAACUGACUCAAUGCAGAAUCAUAGGGAAACCAUACCUGCAAGACAUGAACAAAGUCCUGAAGGAAUAAGGCAAUCUAUGUCACCAAGUAGAGGGUCCAGAAUUGGUAAAAAGCAAAAGUUCGUUCAAUCAGCUGAACAUGCCUGUACAAAGAAUCCUUGCUUUCCUGCAAAUUAUCGACCUUCAACACCAUACACGUUGUAUGUUCCUAAGCCACUGCUUGACCAGCAUGGCAUCACGCUGAACAAAAGCGUGGAGAUGCAGGAUCAUAAUGGGAAGGUGUGGCAGCUUUCUAUCACCCACCUAAGAGAUGGGCGGACAGUGAUUACACAGGGAUGGAGAGAUUUCUUGGAACAAUACAAUUUGAAUACUCAAAAGGACGAGUUGGAGUUGGAGAUUAUACGGGGAAGGGGAAGUGACUGCAAAGACUUGAAGGUACGUAUCAUUAAACGUGUAACGCCCAGGGGUCGUGGAAGGCCAAGGGAGCCGAAAGACAUCAGGCCAAGGGGUCCUGGAAGGCCACGAAAAAUGAAAUAAUCCUUUCAAAUAUAAGGCAACAGAUAAAUUUUCAUUGUAGCUUGACCUAUAUCAACUAUUUAUUUUAACAAGGUUUUAGCAUUACUUUCCUUAGACAAGGUUUUACCUCUUAUUUACAUCUUAGCAGAUAUUGUUUUCCAUUUAUAUUUUUCUU